UUCUCAAAUAAACACACCACGCGCACUCUAAACCCAGAAAAUCUCAAACCUCGGAUACCUGCACAAAAUCCGAUCGCCGGAGCCACCGUCAGCGGCGAAAUGAAGGCGUUUAGACUCUUCCUCCUCACUCUAUUUCUUUCACUAGUACUCGCUCACGUCAGAGCUGAAGCUGAUGCUUCAGUCUCAGAUGUCGUCGAAGAAGUCCAAGUCGCCGGAUCGAACGGUGCACAUUCUGCCGUCCUUGAGCAACUUAAGUCCAAGAUCCACAGUCUCGAAUCCCAGAUUGAGGAGAAAAUUCGAGUACUAAAAGAAAAGGAUCAGGUAGUUGCAGCAAAGGAAAAGACAAUCACGGAAAAAUCAGAUGCUGUUGUAUCAUUGAAAAAUGAAAUUGCCUCGUUACAUAAAAAGGGCAAACUGGAUGCUGCAGAAGAAGUGGGAAAGGCACAUGCAAGAGCUGAAGAUCUGGAAAAGCAGGUGGAGAAACUCAGAAAAGAUCUUCAUCUGAAAAUAAGCGAGAAAGAUCUGUUGGAAGCCCGGGUGACUGAAGCGGAGAAAAAGGUUCCCGAGUUGAACGCGAAACUCGCGAAUCUCCAGAAGAUCAUUGAUGACCAGAAAGCGAAGAUACGUAAAACUGAACGAGCUCUUGAGAUCGCUGAGGAAGAAUUGAUGAAGGCUAAAAUUGAAGCAACUUCCAGAACCAAAGACUUGAUGCAGGCUCAUGGUGCUUGGCUUCCCACUUGGCUUGCAGUUCAUCUUAAUAAUUAUCAGGAAAUUUUAGAGGAGAACUGGAAAGUGCACGGAAAGCCUGCUCUUGAUGUAUUGAUAAAGAAGGCUAUUGAAAAGAAGGCCCAGGCUGAAGAAUGGGCUGCACCACAUGUUGAAACAGUCAAAACUAAAUUCGUACCAGCCAUCAAGGAACAGUGGGUGGUUAUAGCCACAAAUGUUGAACCUCAUGUCCAAACAUUAACAGCAAAAACUGUGGAGAUAUAUGAAGUAUCAAAGGAAGCUGUGACUCCACACAUUGUUAAAGUUCAGGAACUUGCAGAUCCUUAUUUCCAGGAAUUGAGUAAAGUAAGCAGACCAUAUAUCAACCAUGUAGCUGCUGCUGCAAAACCUCACGUUGACAAAUUACAGAUUAUUUUGACGCCAUACACACAGGAAGCAGUUAAAGCUUAUCGAAAGUUCCUUGAGUCGGCAACUGAAUAUCAUGGUCAGGUUCAAGACAUAGUUCAUGAUAAACUCAAGAGUCACGAUCUUACAAAACCUCUUGCUACGAAAGAGCUGAUUUGGUUUUCUGCUUCUGCGUUGCUAGCUUUGCCUAUCAUUUUGCUGUUCAAAAUCCUGUCAGCUUUUUCUGGCAGUAAAAAGGUGAAGAAGCCCACCCGACAUGGCAAUACACACAAUGUUCGUCGCAAAAAACGUGUACAUUCAGACAAGUAAAACCUGCUAAUGUACUCCACUGUUUGAUUACACAAGAUAGUCUGCUCCCAGAGUUUAGAUGGAAGUUCCACAAUAUUCAUUUUUAUCUGCUACUGUGGGCAGAUUACUAUGUCUGGUCCGUCGCUAGCGUGGGGAGUUCGGAGUUCCAUUUGUUCAUUAAGUACACUCUUGAUGUGGAAGGUUUUGCAAAUUAUCAGUCUCAUGUGUAGAAUAGAAAAUCUGGGUGAGGAUAUAUCUAGAUCUCAGGAUUAUUUUACUAUAGUUUCAAAAUUUGUAGUUGGGUUUGUGUAACAUGUCGUUUGGUAUUUAUGUCUUCAGCUCCUUUUUUUGCUCAGUCUUUUUAUGGAUGUAAAAAGUGUCUCAACACUGUUUAAUAUGUUCAUUAACUAAAGCUGGGAUAUAUCCUCAUUUAAAGGAAUUUAUUGGAUUU